CCCAUAAAGAUUACGACUGUAAAGUCACGUGACAGCCUUCACCUGACCUUCCCUAGCCUCCAUUUCGAUUGCGCGACCUCCGCGAAGCAGCUGUUGCAAAGCUGUCAGAGGAGAGAGAAGGGAAAGGAAAGAGUUGUGCGGUGGUCGGUGGACGUGAAUAAUCAUGUGCUCCUGCGCCAAGGAUACUUCCGCUGUGUGCGGUGAAAAUGACGUCAUUUCCUCCGUUAAGAAGCACUAUGGGAAAGACUCCCAAACAUCAAAGUGCGUCAUCUCAGGUGUCAACACUUUGACAUGCGCGCCGUCAGUUCCUAAGCACGUUCGAGAAGCCUUUGCCGAGGUGCAUGAGGAAGUCACUCUUAGGUACUACGGCUGUGGAUCUGCAAUACCGGAAGCAGUGGAGGGAUGCAGCAUCCUUGACCUUGGCAGCGGCAGUGGGCGGGACUGCUUUGCGUUGAGCAAGCUGGUUGGUCCGUCAGGUCGCGUGGUGGGUGUGGACAUGACAGAAGAACAGCUGAACUGUGCGAAGACCUACAUCGACUACCACACUCAGAAGUUUGGCUACAGCCAACCAAACGUGGAGUUUGUCUUUGGUUACAUCGAAAAGCUGGGAGAGGCUGGGCUGAAGGAGGGAAGCUUUGACCUCAUCAUCUCCAACUGUGUGAUUAACCUCUCCCCGGAUAAAAAGUCCACCCUGAGGGAAGCGUUUCGAGUAUUGAAGGAAGGCGGCGAAUUUUACUUCAGUGACAUCUACACCGACACUGUACUGUCCGAGGAGGCCAGAAAAGAUCAGUUUCUAUGGGGCGAAUGUUUCUCCGGGGCCUUGCUGUGGAAGGAGCUGUACCAACUGGCAGCAGAGAUCGGCUUCAGCUCUCCACGACUUGUGACAGCCAAACUCGCAGACACCAGCAUGUACGGCGACAAGCUUGGCUCGGCGAGGUUCACAUCAGUGACGUACAGGUUGUUCAAACUGCCAGCACAAGGAGCAAGCAACCCUUGUCGUGUGUCUUACACCGGGGGUAUCAUCGGAUCCCCGGACUCCGUGGUGUUCGACUACAAUACGCUGUUCAAGAAAGAUGAAGAGAAAGUGGUGGAUUCCGAGCUGGCUUCCAUUCUGAAGACUUCACGCUUCAAACAGUACUUCAGCAUCACCGAUGCACCAGAUGCCACUCCGGAAACAAAGGAUCCCAAAGUCGAUCCUUUUAUCGCAGAGAGUGCUGCGGCACCAAAGAAAUCAUGUUGCUCCAAACAAUGCUGCUAGUGGCCCGCGGCUACACGUGACCUACAAGAGGUGAUGGACAGAAGAAGAGGAGAGAAAGACUGCAAUGAUGCUUUCUGCAGUAUUUGGCGAGAGAACAUCUAAAACCUUAACGAUGAACGCAGUGACUUUAGAGUUCUUCAGGGACAAGGCAUUUUUCUUUCUCUUCAUUGGAAUGGGCCCGCGAUAAAGAAUACAAUAAAACCCAAGAAAAAAAAUGUGAUCUUCACAUUACUUUCAAGACGAAACUGAUAACAGAUACUUACAUUCUGUUUGUUAAAUCAUCGACGCCGGAACCUCCAUUGCUCUGCGGAGACAAAAAAAAAUAGUCCUUGUCUUCUUGUACUUGCCAAGCAAUGCACUGGUUGUUGUGCAGCGUCCAUUGUUUUAACUGACAUCUACCUACAUCGUUUGUUCGUUAACAAAAGGGAGGAUAGAAGCAAAGUGACAUCAGAGUUUCUCGUUUAGCUGAGGAUCAUGGUAUCUCUACAUGGUGUCAGGAAAAUUUUCUUUCGCGGGCAAUGAAAGUAUGCCUUUGUCUGAGUUGUAGUAUAAUGUGGCAUCAGUUCAUCAAAUAAAACAAGUUCUUUCCAUCCUA